AGACAAGAAAAAAAAAGCAAGUCAGGGUAUCCCGUUGAUCUUACGCACUCGACUUACACCCGACUCCCCGCCGUCCUACCAUCAACAGUCAGCCCAACAUGUCGGAAGCCGACAACACCAUUGAGGUGGCUGAGCAGGUCGAUGCUCCCACUCCCACUCAGUCAGAGCCCGCCCAGUUGGAGGCCGAGCAGCCAGUGAGUGCGCCGUCACCGCCGCCGGGCGAGGAGCCAUCUACCAACGGCACCGCGGAUGCGGAUGAGGAUGCCAACGCCAACGCCGAUGCCGAUGCCGAGGCCGAGGCCGAUGCGGGCGCGAAGCCGACGGCAGCAUCCCCCAAGACCGCAAGCCCCAAGUCCCCUACCACGGCUGCGAAGCGUACCACGACAGGCACAACAGGCACAACAGCGACCGCCCGUCGCUCAGCAACUGGUGCUGCCUCCACUGCUACGAAGCCCACCGCCUCUUCUGCCACUCGCACCAGCACCACCACUGGUACCGCGACCAGCAAGACCACCACUCGUCCGGCCAGCAUCUCUAGCGCCCCCAAGCGCCCCACGACCGCUGCCUCCACCACGACGGCUUCUCACCGCACCCGACCAUCCUCUUCCGAGAUUGACAGCAAGUCCACGACCGCUUCCCGUCGUACAUCGGCUGCGCCCAGCAGCACUGGUGCCUCGCCUACUAAGCCAUCCGCCAGAGUUUCCAGCACCACCUCGAGCACCACCGCCGCUGCUCGCAAGCCAGCCUCCAGCAGCACCGUGUCCCCCAGAACAAGCACCACUGGUGUAUCGAGGACACCAACCACCACCAGCUCUGCUGCCAGCGCUGCUCGAAGCGCUUCCCGCGCAUCAGUUACCACACCAACCUCCGAUGCCGCAAGAAAGCGUCUUUCUCUAGCUAGCUCGACCGGUCCCACGCCGACGACUGCGAGACACACUUCCCGCCCUUCGUUGGCUUCGAGCGCCGGUGCUGCCGCUGCUGCCGCCGAAUCGGCCAAGGAGAUCGAGGCGCUCAAGAGCAAGCUGGAAGCCAGCGAGGCCGAAAUCGCAGAGCUCAAGUCUCAGAUCACCUCAUCCCAGGAGAAGAUCGAAGAGCUCAGCACAAAGGCCGCCGACUCCACCACCAGUUCCGAUCAACAAGAGGCCGCUCAGGACGGCUCUAGCCAAGAGCAUAUCGAUGCCCUCACCGACUUGAAGGCCGAGCAUACUGCCGAGAUUGAGACCCUCAACAAGCAGAUUGCCGAAUUGCAGGAGAAGCUUUCCUCUGCUGAGACUGAGCUUGUCGCCCAUAAAAGCCAGCUCUCGGAUGCUGCGGGAUCCAAGGAUGUUGCGGAUUCGGAGGUCACCAACCUGAAGGAGUCCUUGGCAACUUUGGAAGCUGAAUACCAGGCCAAGCUGGCUGAAGCUGAGGCCAAUCUUGGCAAGGCCAAGGAGGAGCACAGUGCUGAGAUUGAGGCCCUCAAGGCCACUCUUACUGAGCAGCAUGAGCAAGCCUUGAUCGAGCUCAAGACCAAGUUUGCUGAGCAGCAACAGGACGGUGAUGCUGGAGCGGCCGAGGCCCACGAGAAGGCCAUCCAGGAACUCAAGGCUAGCCAUGAGGGCACCAUUGCUGAGCUUCAGAAGAAGAUUGACGACUUGUCCUCCGCGCAGGCUGCCAAUGAUGCCGACGCCACCAAGCUUGAUGCCUUGGAGUCCCAGAUUUCUGAGCUCAAGGCUAAACUCGAGGCUGCCGAGCAAACCGCUGAGUCCGCCAAGGCCGAGCUCGAAUCCAAGCUGGCUUCCUUUGCUUCUCUGGAGGCCAAGGUCGCUGACAUGGAGGCUGAACUGUCGGCUGCCACGGAGGAAGCAACCAAGGCUGCUGCCACUCACGCCGAGCUCCAGAAGCGUAUCGACGAGCUUACCGAGGAGACCAAGUCUCAGGAGGCCAUCAUUGCCAAGCUCAAGGAGGAGACUGCUUCUGCAGAGGAACUCCAUAAGCGCAUUGAGCAGCUUACCGAAGAGAACACCACGUACGAGGCCACCCUUUCCAAGCUGAAGGAGGAGUCUUCGGCUGCCGAGGACCUUCAGAAGCGCAUUCAGGAACUCGAGGCCGAGGCCAAGGACAAGGAGGCCACCAUUGCCCAGUUGAAGGACAACACCACCGGUUCGGACGAGCUCCAGAAGCGCAUCGAUGAGCUUGGCAACGACCUCAAGGACAAGGAGGCUACCAUCGCUCAGCUCAAGGAGGAGCUCGCCGCUGCCGAGGAACUCCAAAAGCGCAUCGAAGAGCUCACCGAGGAAGCCAAGACCAAGGAAGCCACCAUUGCCAAGCUGCAGGAGGAACACAAGGCCGCGGAUGAUCACCACCAGCAGCAGCUGCAGCAGGUCAGCAAGGACUACGAGGACGAAAUCGAAAGCCUCAAGGGUGAUGCUUUCUUCAAGCGCAAGUUCCAGGAGCUCGAAGUCAAGUAUGCCGAGCUCACCAAGUCUCACGAGGACGCUACUGAGGAGCACGCCAAGGCUCUUGAAUCCGCCAAGGCUGAGUACGAAGCUGCUGUCAAGGCCUUGGAGACUAAGGAGGCCGAGCAUCAACAAGCCUUGGACGCCCUGAGGGCUAGCCUUGCCGAGGAACUCGAGAGUGCCAAGGCCGCCGCCAGACAGCAAGCUGAAGAAGCCAGCCUCGAGCAGCUUGAGGCCCUCAAGGUCAGCCAUGCUAGCCAGAUCGAUAUCCUCAAGGGUGAGAGCGCGGCUGCUCUGGCCAAGGAACUCGAGGCACUGCAGGCCAGCCAUGCCGAAGAGCUUGCCGCUGCUCAAAAGUCCGUCGAUGGCAGCAAUGCUUCCCAGCUGGAAGAGAUCAAGAAGGAGCUCGAGGCCAAGCACUCCGAGGAGAUCCAGAAGUUGAUGGCUGAUCUUGAGGAUGCCAACAAGAUCAAGCUCGAGCUCGACGAGUUGAAGAAGAAGCAUUCCGAAGAGCUUGAGCAGCUCAAGGCUGAACUUGAGAGUGGCGACAGCCUCAAGAAACAGCUUGAGGAGCUCGAGGCUAAGCAUGUCGAGGAGGUUCAGAAGCUGACGGCGGAACUUGAGAACGGGAGCCAUCUCAAGGAGGACCUCGAGGAGCUGAAGGCCGUUCACGCCCAAGAGGUACAGAAGCUGAUGACCGAGCUCGAAAACGCACACAGCCUCAAGCAGGAUCUUGAGGAUGUCAAGGCCAGGCAUGCGGAGGAGUUGCAGAGGCUGACGAGCGAAGUCGAGGGCUCUACUAGCCUCAAGAGCGACCUCGAGGCUGUCCAAGCGAAGCUUGCUGAGGCUGAGGCCAAGCUUGCCGCCGCUCACCAAACGGCUGAACAGGCGAGAAGGGAGUUGGAGGACAGCAACGCCGCCGAGUUUGAGAAGAUGAUUUCGACACACCAAGAAGCCCAGGAGGCUUUGAGGAAGGAGAACGCGGCAAACGUCAAGGCUCAGCUUGAGGCCCUGAAUGCUGAACACGAGAAGGCCAUCGAGAGCCUCAAGGCCAGCCAUGAGGCUGCUCUGAAGGAGCAGACUGAGGGUUUGGCCAAGCUCGAAGCCGCCAAGCAUGACCUUGAGAUGGCUCUUGCCUCUCUCAAGAUUGAGCACGACAAGGCCCAAGAGGAGUUGGACAAUGUCAGCCAGCAGUUGGCGAUGGAGAAGAUGGACAAGUUCACUGCUCAGGCGGAGUUGGAUGCCGUCAAGAACGCCAGGCCAGAUACUAGGGAGCUCGACCACCUCAGGCAGGAGCUUGCGGCGAUCAAGGCUGCCCAUGAGCAGGAACUCCAGGAGCAGAAGCAUGCCCUCAAGGCCGCCUUCGAGCAAGAUCUCGCUGCCCAGCGGACGUCCUUUGAGAGCGAGCUCACCAUUACCAGUGAAACGGCGAAGAAGCACGCUGCUGAGCUGGCCAGUGCCAAGGAGGAGGUCGCCAUUCUUCACAAGGAGUUCCAGGCCUUCAAGCUCGAGGCUGAGGCCAAGCAGAAGACUUUCGAGGCUGACUACAAGGACAUGCACGACAGCCUGACGCAGCUGGUGGAGGAGGAGCAGAACCAGAAGGCGGCUUACGCCCGCAAGUUGGCCGAGGAGGACAAGAUGAUUGUCGAGCUCAAGGCGCAGCUCAAGGUGAAGGAGGCUGAGCUCGCAGAGGCCAAGAGCCACUUUUCCAACGGAUCGGACAACUACGGGAUCAAUGGCCACAGGGCCGCGGCGGAAGGUGAGCUUGAGCCUGACAACUCAUCCUCAGCAUUAGCUUCGAUCAAUAAGGCCCAGAAGAUGGUCAGCCAGCUGGCGGAGUUCACGGAGGACCUGGGCAACCAGAACUCGCAGAUGCUCCAGUCGAUUACGGAUAUCAAGGCUUGACUAUCCAUGAUCCGCUUCGCGUCUUGAUUGUAGACGCUCCUUGAGUGCUUUUGUUGAGGCGUGUGAGUGGGAUCGGGAAAACAAAAACAUAUGGGUUGGGUUAUAUACACACACAACGAUAUCGCGACGGCAUGUAAUGUGUUUGAUGAUCAUUUCAUGCUGAUGGAAUAUGGAAAGAAAAAAAAAGGUCGGGGCCGCCUCCGGGGUUUUCUCCUUUCUUUUUUUUUUUUUUUUUUUCUUCUUCGUUUUGGUAAGAAGGAGGCUGGCCGACACUUAUGGGCUCUUUA